CAGACAAACAGCUCCACUGCACCGCUGGAACAACCAACACAUCCACCCAACACCCACACACCUUACACUCCAUCACCACUGUUGUCAUCAUGGAGGUCCUUCUCGGCAUCACAGGCAAGGACUUUACCAUCAUGGCCGCCUCCAAAGCUGCCAUGAGAGGUGCCACCAUCCUCAAGGCUUCCGACGAUAAGACGCGCGCCCUCAACAAGCACACGCUGAUGGCCUUUGUGGGAGAAGCUGGCGAUACGAUCCAAUUCGCCGACUACGUCCAGGCCAACACCGCCCUCUACGGCAUCCGCAACGGCAAUGAGCUCACCCCCAACGAAACCGCCUCCUUCGUACGCUCCGAACUCGCCAAGUCGCUGCGCUCGCGCUCACCCUACACGGUCAAUCUGUUGCUCGGUGGCUACGACACACACCACAACAAGCCCACGCUGCAUUGGAUCGACUACCUCGCGUCCUGCGCCCCUCUACCUUACGCCGCCCAUGGAUACGCACAGUACUACUGUCUGGCGAUAUUAGACAAACAUCACCACCCUGACAUCAGCUACGAGCAGGGCAUGAAGAUUCUCCGAAUGUGCACAGAUGAGCUGAAGAGACGACUGCCGAUCGACUUCAAGGGAGUGCUUGUGAAGGUGAUUGACAAGGACGGAGUAAGAGAAGUGGAUUAUGAUGAUUCAAAACAGGUGUUGGCGCCUUAAAUCGGCCGCACUGUCCUCGUAAUGACGGGGCUGACACAGGUCUUGAAGACGCAUGGCGCGGCGUUCAGGCGUUGGGCUCGAAGAGAGCGUUCAUGAUCACGCUGCUCUGGAAGAGAGACUACUGCAUCAAGCAAACCCUUGUUUCCAAUCGCCAACACUCGAGCGACUGCUGUAUACUCAUCCGGACAGUCUGUCAGCAUGGCGCUGCUUGGCCUAUCUGCGCGAGUUUUUCCAAGACUGGCCGCCGAUCUGCUACCUUGACACACAUACCCGAGCACAAACUCAUCUGCCUCUAUCUUCUGUAGAGCUUGUCAGGUCCUACAGGCAAGAUGAAAACCACUUGGACCCAUAGCAGAAACUCACUUUACGAUAGACUGACAAAAGCAUGCCACGAAAGACGGAAUAUUAC